CACAUGAGUCCCACGUGUAGCCUACUACUGUAUAAUUUCGAAACUAUAAUGAUUUAAGAUUAGGAAUAUGACAUAAAUCACUCCGGGAUAGUUCAUUGAUAAUGACGAAAGACGCUUAAAGGGAAUCUGUUUUUAAACGUGCCUCGUUUGCGGUGAAAUGUUGAAAUAGAGAAUGGGCAGGGUAAAAGACUGCGGGCUGUGCUUUUAAAAGACUGAAGGAGACUAAUUUAUUUCCAUUGUGAGAAGCUCGACUUGAGAUAGGCUACAGUACGCACAGACGGAGGGAGGGAGUGCUGAUAGUGAAAAGAAAAGAGACCGGCCAGUCACAUUAGCCUACCUAUUUCGUCUGGUUGCUUCGGAACACUGCCUAUAGAUUAGGGCAUGUGGGGAACUUUCUGCAAAGUCGGUGAAUGUUUGAAUAUUUUUGUUUUCGGCCUGUCAUUUUUACCUUUCUUUUCGUGAUAUUUAAAAUGCAGCCACGUUCUUUUUUGCUAUUAUAACGGUAAAGGUGUAGUUGAUAUUUGUAUUUUAUGUAUUUGGUUGAUGAAGGGAUGCGCUCUCUCUCCGUGAAGCGAAAACCUGGACUUUUAGGUAUAUUUUUUUCUCGAACUGGAAAGAAAUCCACUCACUAGCUCACUUUUUUAGGAACUCUUCAGCCUGUGCUUUUUUGACGCCGCGGAAAUGGGAGCGUGUCAACCCGACUGCGUGUCCGCGCUUUCCCGAAAAAGUUUCAGUUGGAUUGUGCUGCUGCUGUGGCUGACUUCUGCAGCGCACGGAACCUGGAGGACGGGUCUUUACAAAUAUUCAACUGGGACACAGCUCAACAGAGAGUCUUCUGCAGCGUCUCGAACCUCUAUUUAUCAAAAAAGGAACUGGUGUCCCCACACGGUCACUAAGACAGUGACGUGCCAGGUGCAGAAUGGGACAACCAUGCAACGUGUCUACCAGACAUGUCGUUGGCCACAGGGAUGCACAGGGGGCAGCUACCGGACAGUGGUCAGACCCUCCUAUAAGGUGGUGUACCGUGCCGUCACCUCUCUGGAGUGGAAGUGCUGUCCAGGCUACAGCGGUACCGCAUGUGAAGAAGAGUCAGGAAACCAGCUGGUGGCUCAGGAGGCGGUGAGGAAGCCGUCUACUCUCCGCCGGCCACCUGCCCCGGCCCGCACAGGAACAGGGGAGCAGCUUUCCACCAAUUGCCUCAACUGUAGUCGAAUCACAGCCCUGACAGAUAGACUCAGCUCACUGGAGGCAAAGGUCCAGGUGCUGUCCUCUCCCGCCUCCGCUUCUCACCGCCACCUACAGGGUAAAGGAGGAUUGGCACGGGAAUCUUCGUCACAGAUGGUGGAUCCACAAACCAAAGGAGCCCCUGGCGAGCAGGGACUCAUAGGUCCACAGGGUGAAAGAGGCAGAGAUGGUACCUCUGGACGAGAUGGGAAGCCAGGGUCUCAGGGACUGCCGGGACCCAGGGGCGAGGCUGGGGUGAGGGGCCCCUCGGGGACCCCAGGACCAGUGGGACCCAAAGGUCUACCAGGUCUCCCAGGAGAGAGGGGUCUACUUGGGCUACCUGGACCUCCAGGACCCCCUGGACCCCCAGCCACUGCCAGUGCCCACAUCCCAGAGCCAGACCGGGGUCAGGGCAAGUUGCUCCUCUCCAACACCUUCCCUGACCCACGAGGGGCUCCUGUUCAGGGCCCCCAAGGCCCUGCUGGACCUGCUGGUCCCCCAGGCCCCAAAGGCCCCAUGGGACCCCCUGGUCCAGCAGGACAGAACGGGAAGUCGGGGACCCCUGGGAUACACGGCCCGGUGGGGCCAAAAGGAGAACGUGGGGAGAGAGGUCCUCUGGGAUAUCCAGGAGAGAGAGGAUUCAUAGGAGAUCCGGGAGUACCAGGAGUCAAGGGAGAACCAGGAGAGAAAGGUCUGCCGAACAAUCUAAAUGGGGACGGGAUACAUCAGAUCAGAGAAGCGCUGAAGAUCUUAGCCGAGAGGGUUUUAAUCCUCGAGACUAUGAUCGGUAUUCAUGAGCCUGAUCUAGGGUCUGGAGAUGGUUCGUUCGGCACUGCGUCCCCAGGCGGUUUCUACAGGAAUAAGCGAGCAGGAGCCCUACCCUAUUGGCUUGUCUCCCCUCCUCUGUCCUCGGACACCAAGGUUCAGGGGAAGUAGCCUCCCUCCUGCAUCUCUGAGGAUCACGGGGUCUAACCACCCCUCCCUUAGGUCUCUCUGGCACUCUACUGAUCCAGACCUUAUCUGAUACCCUCUGUCGGCUGUACCAUCAGAUGAAAGGUGGGGGACACCUCAGGGAAGCCCCACUGGUGCUCCGGAGUCUUCCCACCUCCAUUGGGAACCAGUACCACCCCCUCUAGCCCAACACACACCUCCCCAUAGACCCAUGGCUCCCCCUGUGUCCCGUCCUUGUGUCUACAGCUAGGAAAUAUUUUAGCCUCGGAAAACAUGCAAAGAUUCUUGUAAGAUAAAAGGAAACCCAAUAUUAAAGGAAAAUUACCACCCAAAAACUAUAUUUUGGUAUUUGUUUCAUUAGUCCAUUGUUGACAUAGUCCCAAAUGUUUUGCUUGUCAGCAAUCAAGUUUUCAAGAUAUGUAACUUUCAAAAUACAGAAAUCAUCCCUGUAUGAUGCAUUUAGCAUCAUAUGAUAAUUUUUGCAGGGAGUUUUCCUUUAAAUGUUUAAUGGUGCUCAUUCAACUGAAAACAAUUCUGGACUAUAAGGGUCAUUGCAGUAUAGUAUAAAUGAGGGUCAAUUAAAGGAGACAUCAAGUGUGAAAGAAAAGAGACUGUCUCUGAGAAUUUGUUUGGACCUCAUCAAUGUCGGGAAUCUCAGAGGUUUACUUAUUUAAAUGUAUUUAACAUGUACAGACUGCAAGACACACAUGUACACAAACAAACCUCUUCCCCUUAUAUUCCUUUUGGUUCUAUAAUAUUGUUUUAAUCCUUGUUAUUAAGUGCACUAUAAAGAUGAAGAAUUACACACCGUUCCCAUUGAGGUAUCAGUUAAUAGUGACAUGUUAUGAAAAGUCAAGCAUAUCUGUGUGUGUGUCUUGGUGUCUGAUAUCCACCCCUUUAAAUUAAACACACAAGGGAUGUAACUUUAUUUAUUUUAUUCACAUUGUAGUUGAGAUUUAUGUUGUUGCACAUCAAUUCAGUUCUGUGCUACCCUUUUCUGCACUUUCUACAUUUUAGACGGAAUUUUCUCAACAACGGUGCCGAAAUACAAAACUCAAAUCCUCAUAGCAAAGUAUGUUCUACAAAGUUCUGAUUUGUGAUCAAAUUCCUGCAUUUCUUUCGAACCCCCCAAGCUGCAGCUCCUGGAUAAACUAUCAGUAGUAAGACAUGUCACAUUUCUUUUAAAGCCACAAGCUAAAGCAAUGUCAUCUCUAAGAAACCCUUUCUCCUACAGCAACUUCCAUCCUAAGCACACACCACACAGUAGGAGUAGAGGACUUGUUGAUGGAACUUGAAUACAUUUUUGUGUAACUUUGUACCACCAUUUCAUUCUUUAGAUUUGACAUUUUAGUAAUUUAGCAGAUGCUCUUAUCUAUCCACAGCAACUUUCAGUAGUGAGUGCAUACGUUUUUCAUACUUCCUUCGUAUAUUUCGACUGAUUUAUCUGUCACAGUGAAGAAAAACGCUUCUUUGAUCAAAUGUGUUUCUUUAUCUUAAAAAAAAUUAUUAAUAGCAGUUUCUUGUUUUGUAUGUAACGUCAUAUGUAUUUUCCAUUUUGGGCCUAUUUCAAAUUGCUUGCUAAUGUGUUAUUGUGCAAAAAAAUCUUGUAGAUGGUUGGUAUAAUAAAUAAUUGUUUUGUGUUUUUUAA